AUGUCAUCAGAAGAGCAGAAAGUAGCUCCUCCACCUGACCUCUUACCUGCAGAACAGGCCAACCCGGCUGAAGGAGCCGCCGCUGCCGUCGCUCCUGGAAGUCCAGCCGAAGGUGGAAAAGAGCAGUCGAAGAACGCAGCCAAGAAAGAAGCUAAACGACUUGAGAAGCUUGCCUUGAAAGCUGCUAAAGGACCUGCUGUAGCUCAAGGCGCAAAGAAGGACAAAUCAGAGAAGAAGGAGAAGAAAGUUGAAGCUCCUGCAGAGGAAUGGGUCAACACUACACCGAAAGGAGAGAAGAAAGACGUGUCUGGCAAUCUUCCAGCAGGGUAUGAUCCAAUUCAAGUUGAAGCUGCUCAUUACGAUUGGUGGAAUGCCAAAGGAUUCUUCAAACCUCGUUAUGGACCUGAUGGUAAACCUGUCGAAAAGGGUACAUUCUGUAUCACCUUCCCUCCUCCAAACGUCACUGGUAAUCUGCAUAUCGGUCAUGCUUUGACAGUCUCAAUUCAGGAUGCUAUGAUAAGAUGGAAACGAAUGCAGGGAUACACUGUACUUUACCUUCCCGGAUACGAUCACGCCGGUAUCGCUACUCAGGCAGUUGUAGAACAAAGGUUGAUGAAGACCGAGGGACAUUCGAGGCAUCAUUAUGGGAGAGAGAAAUUCUUGGAGAAAGUAUGGGAUUGGAAAGAUCAAUAUCAAACCAAGAUAACGAAUCAGAUGGAGAGACUUGGUGGUUCGUUCGAUUGGGAUAGAGUAGCAUUCACGAUGGACGAGUCUCUGAGUAAAGCCGUCCGAGAAACCUUCUGCAUCUUGCACGAGAAAGGGUUAAUUUACCGUGCCAACCGAUUGGUCAAUUGGUGCUGCUACCUGAACACUAGUUUAUCGAAUCUCGAAGUCGAUCAAAUGGCUCUGACCGGUAGAACACUGCUGAACGUCAAAGGUUACGAUGCCAAGGAGAAAUUCGAGUUUGGUGUAAUCACUUCUUUCGCUUACCCGAUCGAGAAUUCUGACGAAAGGAUCAUUGUCGCUACCACUCGACCUGAAACCAUGCUUGGUGAUACUGCCAUUGCUGUUCACCCUGAUGAUCCUCGAUACAAGCAUCUCCACGGCAAAUUCGCUGUCCAUCCCUUCAACAAUCGACGUAUACCCAUCAUCACCGAUGCCAUCACUGUAGACAUGGAGUUCGGUACUGGUGCUGUCAAGAUCACUCCUGCUCAUGAUCCUAACGAUUUCGAAUGUGGUCAGCGUAAUAACCUUGAAUUUAUCAGUCUAAUGAAUGACGAUGGUACAUAUAACGAGAAUGCCGCUCCUUACCAAGGCAUGAAACGAUUCCACAUCAGGAACGAGAUCAUCAAGGCUUUGAAGGAGAAGGGCCUUUAUGUCGAGCAAAAGGACAAUGAAAUGCAAAUCCCUAUUUGCUCUCGAUCCGGUGAUGUCGUCGAGCAAAUCCUUAAACCUCAAUGGUGGGUCAGCUGUCAGCCUAUGGCCGAGGACGCUCUCAAACGAACACGUGCCGGUGAACUCGAGAUCAAACCUAAAACUUCUGCUAGUGAUUGGGUCCGAUGGAUGGAGAAUAUGCAAGACUGGUGUAUCUCCCGACAGCUUUGGUGGGGUCACCGAUGUCCUGCUUACCUCAUCAAAUACCAUGGUGAAGCUCCUGAUACCGGUGAUGAUAAGAAUUGGAUCGUUGCUCGAAGCUUUGAGGAAGCCGAUGCUAGAGCCAAAGAGCAAGCGAACGGGCGCAAAUACACUCUUGAGCAAGAUGAAGAUGUUCUCGAUACUUGGUUCUCAUCGGCUCUCUGGCCAUUCUCCACUAUGGGUUGGCCAGACAAGACGGCCGAUGUAGAGAACUUCUACCCUAAUAGUAUUCUCGAAACUGGAUGGGAUAUCAUCUUCUUCUGGGUCGCCAGAAUGGUCUUCUUCGGAAAUGCCCUUACUGGUAAAAUGCCUUUCAAGGAAGUCUACUGCCAUCCAAUGAUCCGAGACGCCUAUGGACGAAAGAUGUCCAAAUCACUCGGAAAUGUCAUUGAUCCUCUUGAUGUUAUCACUGGUCAAAACUUGCAAAAACUCCACAACGAUCUACGAAUGGGUAACUUGCCUGAAAAAGAGAUCGUUAAGGCUGAAGAUGGUCAAAAGAAGUUGUUCCCCAAAGGUAUCCCUCAAUGUGGUACGGAUGCUUUGAGAUUCACACUUUGUAACUAUACUUCAGGUGGUCGAGAUAUCAAUAUGGAUAUUGGACGAGUUGAAGGAUACAGAAAGUUCUGUAACAAACUUUGGAACGCUACCAAGUUCUGUUUGUUCAGAAUGGAUUUGGUAGAUUUGAAUGGUGUAAGACAACAGAGUACAUUCGUUCCCAAUGCUUCGCCAUUGCCAACGGGUCAAGAAGGUUUGGUCGAGAAAUGGUUGUUCCACAAACUCAACCUCGCGUCUGCAGCUGUAUCUAAAGCAUUGGAAGCUAGAGAAUUCUCAGAUGCUACCAAUGCGGCUUACCAGUAUUUCUUAAAUGACCUGUGUGACGUCUUCAUCGAAGCGACUAAACCUCUAUUCGAAGCUAAUACCGAUGCUGCCUCAAAACUUUCCGCUCAAAAUACCUUAUACACAUGUCUCGAAGGUGGUUUGAAACUGUUGCAUCCUUUCAUGCCUUACGUUACUGAAGAUCUGUGGCAGAGAUUACCAAGGAGAGAGGGCGAUAAGUGUGAGACAAUCAUGUUGGCUCCUUUCCCUGAAUAUAUCUCUCAACAAGAGUUCCCUGAAGCCGCAGCGGAAUUUGACGUAGUUGUAGAAUGUAUCAAGGCUGCGCGAUCUAUCGUUGGGUUGUACAACUUGCCUACGAACGGUAAGACCAUCGAGGAUAAAAUUACUGUUAUCGUCCAAGUCAAGACCACUCAACAAAGACAACUUCUCGAAUCUCAAGAAUCCAUCAUCAUAGGUCUAACCAAGGGGUGCGGUACAGUCAAGUUCAUUACCGAUGAUUCUGAAGUACCUAAAGGAUGUGGAACUGAGUUUGUCACUGCGGACAUCAACGUUCAUAUACCCGUUGCUGGCAAAGUAAACGCUUCGGCAGAAGUUGAUAAGCUCCAAAAGAAAUCCGCUAUCGUCGAAUCAAACAAGAACAAGUUGAUUAAGUUGAUCGAACAACCCAAUUAUGAGACUACGAUUAAAGAGGAAGUUCGAAAUUCCAAUUCAGAGAAAUUACAGAAUUUGGAAGUUGAGAUUGAAACUCUUAGAUUGGCUAUUGAGAGAUUUCAAGCUAUUUUGUAG